CUUGCUGCCAGGCUGCGGCCCCGGGGAGGCGCCCGCCGCGCCCCAGCGCCUCGCCAUGAACAGCCCGUACAUCGCGCUGGAGCUGCUCAUCGCCCUGCUGUCCAUCGCGGGCAACGUGCUGGUGUGCUGGGCCGUGGCCACCAACCGCACGCUGAAGACGGCCACCAACUACUUCCUGGUGUCGCUGGCCGUGGCCGACAUCGGCGUGGGCGCGCUGGCCAUCCCCUUCGCCAUCACCAUCAGCAUCGGCUUCCACGCCGACUUCCACAGCUGCCUCUUCCUGGCCUGCUUCGUGCUGGUGCUGACCCAGAGCUCCAUCUUCAGCCUGCUGGCCGUGGCCGUGGACAGGUACCUGGCCAUCGGGAUCCCGCUCAGGUACAAGUGCCUGGUGACGGGGAAGCGGGCGCGAGGCAUCAUCGCCGUGCUCUGGCUCCUGUCGUUCGCCAUCGGGCUGAUCCCGCUGAUGGGCUGGAACAGCGCCAUGGGCGGCUGCCCCAACACGACCAACGCGUCGGCGGCAGUCGAGGAGAGCCGCAAGCCCUGCGUGGUCUUGUGCCUGUUUGAGAACGUGGUCACCAUGAGCUACAUGGUCUACUUCAACUUCUUCGGCUGCGUGCUGCUCCCUCUUGCCAUCAUGCUGGGCAUCUACAUCAAGAUCUUCAUGGUGGCCUGCAAGCAGCUGCGGCAGAUGGAGCUGAUGGGCCACUCCCGGGCCACCCUGCAGCGGGAAGUGCACGCGGCCAAGUCGCUGGCCAUCAUCAUGGGGCUCUUUGCCUUCUGUUGGCUGCCCCUGCACAUCCUGAACUGCCUCACCUACUUCCUCAAGGGCUUCAGCCACAGCAAGCCCCAGUGGGUCAUGUACAUAGCCAUCAUCCUGUCGCACACCAACUCCGUCGUCAACCCCGUCAUCUAUGCCUACCGCAUCCAGGACUUCCGCUGCACCUUCCGCAAGAUCCUCUCCCAGGUGCUGUGCAAGGCGGACAGUGGCCCCAAGUGCCCAAACGGCCACAGCCAGCACCUGACGGUCAGCAGCAUCAUCAGUGCCACCCCCACGUGUGUGUGACUUGACACGUCCCGGGCCUCGACGGCCUGGUCCUGGGAGCAAGGAUGCUUGGCUCCCCGAGAGGAGUCGCGCCAGGAACCGUGUGCAUUUGUACUGGUUUUUACGUGAAUUUUUCUAUGACCACGGUGCCUCGUAGAGGGAGGAUGUGACCGGGGGCUCUGCACGGCUCACCCAGGCGCAUACCUGGGUGCCCGGGGUGCGGGUGGGCGCUAUCUCCUGCCCAGUCAGAGGUUGGACCUGAACCACCCCCCCAGCGCAAGCUCCCCUCAUUGUGCUGCUCGUCCCCACCCUUAAUUUUAUUUUCCUCCCCCGUCUCCUUCCUGUAACGAUCCCAGUUACUCAGGGCAGUGUGGCCCUGACGGCACGUUAGUCAGACCCUGGUUGGUUUUUUUUCUUCCAUCAAUUGUUUGAUGCAGCUUGUAUUCUCCCAUGGGAAAUCCUCUUCCUGUCGCCCAGUUGCUGGUGUGACCCGAAGCUGUGCGCCAGGCUCGGGAGGAGCAGGCCGUGAGCGGGAGGCCACUCGGGGCAGAGCUGGCCUCGCUCCUGUGGGGACAUCAGAGGAAAGAGGGGCUGGGAUGGCAGGAAGGUGCCGCUGCCUCCACCUCCUCAGCUCCCCCGUUCCCAGCGCGAUAUCCCGCCCUGGCAGUGACUAAUAGGGACGGGGUAGGGCCCCUCUGAAUCUCACCGGGCAAGGCCCUGUGUGCUCAGGCCCUGCAGCCAGCAUGGGGCCAAACCCAGCUGCUGUUCUGAGGCAGCCGGGGGAGUCCAGGCGGUUGCGGACGCCUUUGCCCUUGCGCGCGUUUUUGAUCCGCUGUGUAAGUGGCUCGGACGUUCCCAGCAGGGAGUCAGCAGCCGGAGACGCUGCCGAAGCAGGCACCCCCAGUGCCCGCCUGACCCCGUGCAGCAGGCCCAUGUCACGGCCAGCGCUGUAACUCGGUGUCCAGCUCGUCCCCGGUCACUGCACGCGGUGUGUCUCAUCCAUGUCUGAGCCCUGUUUGGUCUGUGCGUGGCGCAAGCAACUGGAUAAAGGUGGGAAGAACCAGGCCCUUUGCAGCCGUGUCAGCUCCGUGAGGGGUUUGCGUGUUUUUGGACGUCGAGCUCUGGGGUUGAGAAAUGGGCUGUGGGGGUGCUGGUCCCCCAGCAGAGCAGGCGCUGGGGGUUGGGGUCCUGGGCGAAGUGGCAGCAGGUGGCUCUGAGCCUCCCGGGCACUGCAGCACGGCCCUGCCCAGCCAGAAGGCUGAGCUCCGGGGAUGAUCCCGGUUGCGGAGACGGAGCUGAGCACAAGCCGAUCCCACCAGCCUCGCGCCUGCCCCGCAGGGUCCCGACUCGGCUCCCGCCGGCUGGCUGUGCCUUCCGCUGCUGCCGUUUCCCAGGCACGGUCCACAGGGCAAAGGUCUCAUGUCUCCAGCUCCCAGCUUGUCUCUGCUGCAGGAGCUUUGCUCACGGUCUAGCCCCCAUCUGUGACCUUCUAGGCAGGGUUUGGUGCUUUUAUCUGUCUCUCGUGUGUCUGCUCUCACUGGCUGCAUCCUUCGUGUUCAUUGUGAUCUCCAAGCAGCUGCCCUCGCUGCACCUUAAUUUACGAGAUCACGCAACCAAGUGCCACAGCAGAGCCCGGGUCCAAGAGCAAAGGGCUGGGCUUCCCUUUCCCUGUACCUCUUAUGGGCCAUGAGGGCUGGAGAGCACCCUGCCACGGGCUGCUGUGGCCAGUGCCCUGGUGUGGACGUGCUUCUGGGUUCCUUUCUGCUGGUGGCAGAGGUCCAGUGUGGGGCCAGCCCCGAGGCCAUCAAAAGCAAAAUGCAAAUGGGCAGAUUCUGAGCCCUGACGGGGUGCUUAAAAAAACUGUCAAUGUAAGUGAAAAGGGCAGGGGCAGUGCUAGGCACCGCUUCCCACGUGGGGCUGGGCAUGCGCACCCAUCUCCACUUGUUACCAGGUUUGGAGCUACAGGAACGCUGCUAUUUGCAUGCAGAACCCACAGCUGCUGCCACGGGCUGCUGCAGGGGACCCUGCAAGGGGGGUGUUGUGCAAGGGGGACAUGCACACCCGCGACCCCUGCUGUGCCACGGUGGGCCUGGCUUGUUGCACCGCGCGUGGACUGGAGGGUCAGGUCGUUUCUCUUCCCCCACUGGGCAGCGUGGGGCAGAGUGAGCUGGGCCCAGCUCGAAGCGCAAGUGCCCCCAGCUGUCCCGCUGCGGUACCAGAAUCACAACCCAAUCGCUGCGCUCUGGGGUGGACGCUGGGGCCUGGGAAGACAGACAGGGCUCCCUGGCUCUGGCAGCACUGGGCUGUUCCUGACUCCCAGCCCUCCCUCCAGGGCCUCCAGCGGGGUCUCUCCCGGGUGCAGCGAAGCUGGCAGCCCCUCGCAGCUUUGCGCUGCCAGUGCAGCAGGGCUUGGCCGUAGCUGCACCCGCCACGUGCCCUGGGCCUCGCCCUGCAGCGCCUGCUGCUGAGAACCGGGCUGCCAAAGGUCUCCAUGGGGCCCUGCCCUGCUGUGCUUCAAGGGCUGACCCAGCCAUGGCACACAGCACCCAU